GGAUGAGCGCCGCUCCGCACCGAGCAGCAGCAGAGGACGGACGUGAACGGCGGAGCCACUUAGCUAACGUUAGCCAGAUUAACCGACACUCCGUGUUGCCGUGCGGCGAGACUAUGCUUUAUUUACGCCGUUUUUCUUCGUUAUCCGUCGCUUGAAAGGCGUGAAAAUGGGUACGAGUUGUGUGAAGCGGUUAAUGUGAUCAUUCCGGAGAGGGCGGCGGCGGUGCAGUUCCUCGGUAUAUUUGUUAAAUUUCUUGGAUAGAGGAGUUACUAUGAAUGGAGGAUAAAUGUUGCCGAAGGCUGACAGCAGCAGUUUCGUCCUCUUCUCUCUUCUCUUCGUCCUCACGUUAACGGACCCACCACGGACAGGUCCGCGGCUAGCUCUGGCAAGAUUAUUGUCAGAGCAGCGCUGCAGCCCUGGGCAGUUUGCCUGCCGCAGUGGGAAGAUGCAGUGUAUCCCAAUGUCCUGGCAGUGUGACGGCUGGACAGCGUGCGAGGACAAGAGCGACGAGAUGGACUGUCCCCCUAUAAAGGAGGAGAGGUUUCGUUUCGGCAACGGAUACGACCAGGUGGAAGACGUCAUGGGUGUGGCUCAGCCCGUGCGCUUCAACAAGAAAUGCCCCAGCGGGUGGCACCACUACGAGAAGACGGCGAGCUGCUACAAGGUCUACCUGAGGAACGAGAACUACUGGCAGGCCGUGGACACGUGUCAGAAAGUCAACGGCUCGCUGGCGACAUUCGUGACCAACGAGGAGCUGCAGUUCAUACUGAAGAUCGAGGUGGAUUUUGAUGACAAAGUCUGUGAGCGCAGAGACCAGUGCAAGUUUUGGGUGGGCUACCAGUAUGUGAUCACCAAUCAGAACCACUCCUUGGAGGGCCGCUGGGAAGUCGCAUACAAAGGCUCCAUGCAGGUGUUUUUGCCACCUGAGGGUCUGAAGGAUUUCGGGGAGGCGUCUCCCACCCAGGACAACGUCUUCUGUGCCCAGCUGCAGCGCUUUCAGAUCAAAAGCAUGAAUGAGCGAGGCCUGCACAGCUGGCACGCUGAGAACUGCUACAAGAAGUUCCCCUUCCUGUGCAAGAGGAGGCAAACAUGUGUGGACAUAAAAGACAACGUCGUAAACGAGGGCUACUACUUCACGCCGAAGGGAGACGACCCGUGUCUGAGCUGCACGUGUCACGACGGCGAGCCUGAGAUGUGCGUCGCCGCGCUGUGCGAGCGGCCGCAGGGCUGCCAGCACUUCCGCAAAGAUCCCAAAGAGUGCUGCAAGUUCACCUGCCUGGAUCCAGACGGAAACAGUCUGUUCGACUCGAUGGCCAGCGGGAUGCGACUGAUCGUCAGCUGCAUCUCGUCCUUCCUCAUCCUGUCGCUGCUGCUCUUCAUGGUGCACAGACUCCGGCAGAGAAGACGUGAACGCAUCGAAACGCUGAUCGGAGGAAACUUGCACCACUUCAACCUUGGAAGACGAGUCCCGGGCUUCGACUACGGCCCGGACGCCUUUGGCACCGGUCUCACUCCUCUGCAUCUGUCUGAUGAUGGCGAGGGAGGCGCUUUCCACUUCCAGGAGCCUCCUCCUCCGUACGCAGCCUACAAAUACCCCGACAUCCAGCACCCCGACGACCCCCCUCCUCCGUACGAAGCCUCCAUCAACCCAGACAGCCUCCUCUACGUGGACCUCGGACACGGCGGGGUUGCCAUGGUGCCGAGCCAGAUGACCGCCAUGGGAGACGGGCUCCAGGCAGAUAUCCCCAACGCCCAGGGUCCCGUGCCAGACUCGGCGCCGUCCACUCAGGAGAGGGAGGACUCCAUAGAUAGCAGCACGCUCCUGGUGGGGCCCGACACGCCGACAGAUGGCCACGCCCCCACCGCCAUGCCCGGGGACUGCACCUCCUCCCUCAGCACCGUGGUAUAGGACUGUGGGCCGACAGCAGGGAGCUGCACCCGGAUAUUACCCGCUGGUUGAGGAAGGUCAUGAGUGUGUUGUGCGCCGGGAGAGGACGCAGCAGACUGUUGGCGGAAAAACGCUGACUGCGGAGAGGACACCAAGUUUGUACAGACAUAUCAGGAGGCGGAGCAGCCAGGUUGUUUUUUCGAGGCGUUGCAGGAGGAUGCUCUCUCUCCUCUCUUUCUCUUUCUCUCUCUCUCUCUCUUCUGCAGCUUUUUCUUCUGAGGUUGUUUUUUUUAAGACACUGGCGUCCGAGGGAGCAGAGAGGACCGUUUCUGUACAAAGAGAAAACACUCAGACUGGGAGAGCCCUACUUUUAGCAUUAACUGAGCAAAGCUUUUGUUUUUUUUUUUUUGGAAACAUCUCAAAAUUGGAGAAGCCCUGGUGUAAAUACCCCCUCAGGUCUGCGCCCGUCUAGAACUUGUGCGUCUCAGCGCAGCACAACGACGACAGACGAAGCCAGCUUUUGUUCCUCGUGCAGUUUUUUUUGUUUGUUUUUUGUUUGUUUGCAUCAUACUUUAAAACGGACGUAUUGAUCCGUCGGUCUCCCAGCUGCAAUAACAUCCACAUCCACGCCGUCCGUGGCAGCAGAGCUCGAUUUCUACCUGCUCAUAACCCCCCCCCCAUCCCCUCACUUUUAUUAGUCUGAUACGAGAAGCUGUCUUCCAGGUUUAUAGCACAUAUUUGCAGCCAGAGAUGUUUUGUAGUCCUUGAAAAGAGGGUACGGUUAGUUUCCUGUUCUACGGGGUUUUUACCGGGUGAUGCUCGCUGGAGGCAUAUCAAAGAAUGUUGUGAUAAAUAUGAGUUUGUGUUCUUUUUUGAUAAUAAUUUAUGACUGCAGGUUGUGAUCUCGAUUGUUUAAUCGUGGGAUAGACGUAGGCGGAUCUCCUGACUGGUCGAUCGAUGAAGCGAUGGAGACUUUUCAAGUGUACAUGUGAAGAUUUAGGGACAUCCCGUCAUUAAAUUUGAAAAAAAAACUCGAUUUAUUUAAAGUAACUGUUCCAAUCAUUACAUCAUAUAAUCAUCGUUGUUACUUUAUCAUCAGCUCUUUGCAGGAUAGUUGUGUAUUUGCUAACUCAUCUUUCGAUUUAAUAUUCGUUUUAUGGAAGAAAAAAAAAAGCCGAUCAGUUGUCACAUUUGAAUGCUGCCCCUCCAUCCCUCAACUCUUCUUUUCAUUCUCCAUGCAGGUUGUUUGCAGCUACUGAGGGAGAUAAUGUCACCGACUGUAGCUGCCAGUCUUUUUGUUUUGUUUUUUUCUGUGUUUCUCGGUGUUGAUGGGUCUGUUUGCCGUUCUUGUUUCUCAGUGGGAUAAAAUAAGAAAAAAACAAAACAAAACUUGUCUUAUUUGGAAGGAGUUCAAACCCCGUCACGAAGACAAUCGUUGGAUUCGCUCAAGGAGAAAAAGCCCGAAGAAGUUAGAUUGUCGGGCCUGAGUCGACCCACAACCACCAGCAUCCAAAACCGCUUAGGAUCUGCCUCGAAAAACAGCUGCAACCGUCAUCUGUGUGUUUGUCUGAAUGUACUGUUUGUAUAAAACAUGAUUAUUUUCAUGCUUAUCUUUAAGCUUAUUUCCCUCUUUUUCUUUUAUUUGUUUUGUUUUUUUUUUUUCUUUUUGCAUCGACAAUCCACAGUGGAUUAUCUAACAAACAGAAUCACAUAAAUUGUGGAAAAAG